UCUCUCAGCUACCCUCCAGCCUCUCGCGCCUUCUUCAGCCUCCUCACCUUCAGGAACCAUGACCAGCAAAUCCACCAGGAGGACCCAAAGCAGCAGCCACCGUGGCUUCAGUGCCAGCUCAGCCAGAGUCCCUGGGGUCAGCCGCUCUGGCUUCAGCAGUGUCUCUGUGUCCCGCUCCAGGGGCAGUGGUGGCCUCGGUGGGGUGUGUGGAGGAGCUGGCUUCGGCAGCCGGAGCCUCUAUGGCCUGGGGGGCUCCAAAAGGAUCUCCAUCGGAGGCGGAAGCUGUGCCAUCGGUGGCGGAUAUGGUGGCAGAGUCGGAGGUGGCUUUGGCUUUGGAGGUGGAGCCGGGAGUGGAUUUGGUUUUGGCGGUGCAGCUGGUAGUGGCUUUGGGCUCGGUGGUGGAGCUGGCUUUGCUGGUGGCUAUGGGGGCGCUGGCUUCCCUGUGUGCCCCCCUGGAGGCAUCCAAGAGGUCACGAUCAACCAGAGUCUCCUCACUCCUCUGAACCUGCAAAUCGACCCCACCAUCCAGCGGGUGCGGACCGAGGAGCGGGAGCAGAUCAAGACCCUCAACAACAAGUUUGCCUCCUUCAUCGACAAGGUGCGCUUCCUGGAGCAGCAGAACAAGGUCCUGGACACCAAGUGGACCCUGCUGCAGGAGCAGGGCACCAAGACCGUGAGGCAGAACCUGGAGCCUCUGUUCGAGCAGUACAUCAACAACCUCAGGAGACAGCUGGACAGCAUCGUCGGCGAGAGAGGCCGCCUGGACUCGGAGCUCAGGGGCAUGCAGGACAUGGUGGAGGACUUCAAGAACAAAUAUGAAGAUGAAAUCAACAAGCGCACCGCCGCAGAGAAUGAGUUUGUGACUCUGAAGAAGGAUGUGGAUGCUGCCUACAUGAAUAAGGUUGAACUACAAGCCAAGGCAGAUGCUCUCAUAGAUGAGAUCAACUUCAUAAGAGCCUUCUAUGACGCAGAACUGGCUCAGAUGCAAACCCACAUCUCAGACACUUCUGUGGUCCUGUCCAUGGACAACAAUCGUGACCUGGACCUGGACAGCAUCAUCGCUGAAGUCAAGGCUCAAUAUGAGGAGAUUGCUCAGAGGAGCCGGACAGAGGCCGAGUCCUGGUACCAGAGCAAGUAUGAGGAGCUGCAGGUCACAGCUGGCAGACACGGGGACGACCUGCGCAACACCAAGCAGGAGAUUGCUGAGAUCAACCGCAUGAUCCAGAGGUUGAGGUCUGAGAUCGACCAUGUCAAGAAACAGUGCGCCAACCUGCAGGCUGCCAUUGCCGACGCUGAGCAGCGCGGGGAGAUGGCCCUCAAGGAUGCCAAGAAUAAGCUGGCUGAGCUGGAAGAAGCUCUGCAGAAGGCCAAGCAGGAUAUGGCCCGGCUCCUGAAGGACUACCAGGAGCUGAUGAAUGUCAAGCUGGCCCUGGACGUGGAGAUCGCCACCUACAGGAAGCUGCUGGAAGGCGAGGAGUGCAGGCUGAGCGGAGAAGGCGUUGGACAAGUCAACAUCUCUGUGGUGCAGUCCACCGUCUCCGGUGGUUAUGGCAGUGCCGGCGGUGUCUGCAGUGGCUUAGGCCUGGGCGGAGGCAGCGGCUACUCCUACGGCGGUGGUCACAGCCUUGGAGGUGGCUUCAGUUCCAGCAGUGGCAGAGGCUUUGGGGGUGGCCUCAGCUCUUCUGGGGUCAGCGGUUCCACCGUCAAAUACACCACCACCUCAUCCUCCAGCAGGAAGAGCUACAGGCACUGAAGUCCUUCUGGCUCUCGGUUCCAUAUUGCCUCAGGCCCCUGUCCAGCGGCAUGGUCCUCUCUUCAGGUUGCUUUUCUUC